UCAACUGCCUAGAUAUUCUGAAUCUACUACAGAGGAACCUCCAGCCGCGGCACCAUGAACCAAAGAACUGUUUUAAUUUUAUGCCUUAUCUUUAUGGCUCUGAAUGGGUAUCAAGGAGUACUUCUCUCUAAAACUAUACGCUGUAUGUGCAUCAAGAUGAGUAAUCAAACUGUUAACCCAAGGUCUUUAGAAAAACUUGAAGUGAUUCCUGCAAGUCAGUUUUGCCCACAGGUUGAGAUAAUUGCCGUCAUGAAAAGGAAUGGAGAGAAAAGAUGCCUGGAUCCAGAAUCUAAGAACAUCAAGAAGUUGUUGAAAGAAUUAAGAAAGAGAAGGUCUAAAAGAACUCAUCGAGUGCGGAGAAGUAUAAUUGCUGCUCCAAUAAAAUGGACCAGAAAGAGGCUGCCUCUGACAUUAUUUGCCUAGAUACAAUAUAUAGCAAAUGUUAACUGUCACUGGAUCAUAGUUCUCCUAAAACAUGACCAACCAUAGUUACACAUUAGCUGCUACCACUGAUGCAGCGAGGUAAAUGGUAAUUACCUGAGCUAUUCAGUGGUCAUUCACUAGAAUUUAACCAAUAGUGAUAUAUAAAUAAUUCCAAAUAUUUCUUGUAUAUAUGUACAUAUGUCGGGAAAUGUAUAUACAAAUGUGUAUUUUUUAAUGACAGCCUGUAAAAGACAUCUUAGGUGUAUGUUUUUAAUGUUUGUUUGUUUGUUUGUUUUGACAUGUAUGGACUACCCAUGAACAAGCAAUAGAAGAAAUUUUUUAAACUUCUUGUUUUGUAAGACAAAUAAGCUGGGUUUCUUAAAAUGUGCCCCCUAAAAAUAUUAAGAUAGCU